UUUUAGACAAGUUUUUUGUUUUUUCUUCUUUGUGGGGUUGUAAAAAGAGGAUUUUUAAGCUGACCCAUACAGUUUUCUUGAUUUCUCUGUUGAUAAAUACUAUGUUUUUUUUUGUGUGUUUUUCUUCUUUAUGGGGUUGAAAGAAAGAGGAUUUUUAAGCUGACCCAGAUAAGCUACUUGUUAUCUCUGUUGAUAAAUAUGGGUUUUUGUGCUUAUAGAAAAAGUUUUAAACUUUUAAAAUGGUGGGGUUUUCUCAGACCCUUUUCUGUAAUGUUGAUUGUAGUUGUAAUGGUGUGUGUUUUACUAAUGGUACAAACAAAAAUGAAGAAUUUCAUACAUAAAAAUGGAGUCUUUGUUCAGUUUGAUGUUAAAGAGAAAGUGGGAAUGCAGAAUCUUGAACCAAUGAAGGUGAAAACUAGGUCUAACAAAAGUGAAAUUUUGUCAACUAGUGUUAGUCCUUAUCAUGAUUGGGAGUUAUUUGCUGCUGAUUAUGAAGAAAUGAUGAAAACCCUUAAGAUAUUUGUGUAUCCUGAUGCUUUUAUGAGUAACAAGUUUUCGACUUUUUCUAGUAUUUUUAUUCCACAUACAAACCCCUUUGAUCCCAAAUUAGGAAAUUACUUUAGUGAACACAUGUUCAAGAUUGCUCUUUUGGGUAGUUCAUUUGUUACUAAGAAACCAGAAGAGGCUCAUUUUUACUUUAUGCCCUUUUCGGUUAACAUUAUGCGAAAUCACCCUCGUGUGCAUUCUGCCUCCGCGAUUGAAGAUUUUGUUGCUGGAUAUACUGAUAGAGUUAGUUCACAGUUUAGUUUUUGGAAUGCUUCUGGUGGUGCUGAUCAUUUUUAUGUGUACUGUCAUUCUAUUGGUCGAGAUGCUGCCUAUAAGCAUCAAAAAUUGCAUCAUAACUCAAUACAGGUUACUUGUUCAUCCAGCUACUUUCAGAGGCUAUACAUUGCCCACAAAGACAUCGGGUUGCCUCAAGUUUGGCCUCGCCAACACGAGGAAGUGUUGAACCCUCCAGAUGCGAGACACAAACUUGUCUUCUUUGCUGGUCGCGUCCAAAACUCUCUUGCAAGACGAGAUUUAUUGGAGCUAUGGAAGAACGAUAGUUCCUUUGAUAUAUUCUCAGGGAGUUCAUCUUUCCCUUACAAGGAAGGAUUUCGGAGAAGUAGAUACUGCCUCCACGUCAAAGGUUACGAGGUGAAUACAGCUAGAGUCAGUGAUGCUAUUCUGUAUGGCUGUGUCCCUGUACUUAUUUCAAACUACUAUGAUCUUCCAUUAGCCAACAUAUUAGAUUGGAGCAAGUUCUCAAUUAUUGUUAAUGAAAGAGAUGUUCCACACCUAAAGAAGAUAUUGCUCUCGGUGCCUAAACAAACGUACCUCAACAUGUACAAGAAUCUAGGCAUCGUGAGAAGGCACUUCGCGUGGUAUAGUAGCCCGAAAAAAUAUGAUUCUUUCCAUAUGAUAGUUUACCAACUUUGGCUCAAAAGGGGACUACAUCGAGUUGAUUGGUGAUAUCUACCAUGUGAAGCCAGCAUCUGACUUCACCUUAGAUGACAUCUAACCAAUGUGCGUGUUUUAUCAUCUUAUGAUUAAGCUAUGUGAUUUUGCUAGAUGUCAUCUAAGGUGAGUUCAAAUGUUGCAACAUGGUCAGUAAGGAUUCAUAUUAUCGAUUUAACUUACUAGAGAUC